CAUUCUCCCUGUACAGCAGAUGGCGCCACGCGACCCGAAUUACAAGAAAAACGGAUGGGACUACGCGUGAAGGAGAGACGAUUUUUUUUCUGGCAGCUGUCCCUUUAGCAAAAGGAAUGUGUUGUGGGAUAAUAUACAAAAUUUAAUCAACAAAUUCAUUUUCAGCAUUUACACCAUACUGGGGCAACAACUGAGAUUAUGGUUGAGGCGUGCUGAGAUUCGAGGCAGAGAAUUGGACACCGUUAAGUGGGUUUGGCUCUGGAAAGGCUCAUCAUGUGUGCAUCAGUGAAGUAUGGUUCCCGGGGCCCUGCACUCAUACCCCGUAUGAAGACUAAACACCGGAUCUACUACAUCACCCUCUUCUCUGUGGUCUUACUGGGGUUGAUUGCAACGGGGAUGUUCCAGUUCUGGCCUCACUCCAUUGAAUCCUCCGCAGAAUGGAGUCUGGACCGUCGUAGUGUGCAUGAUGCUCCAUUGGUCAGGAUACCUAUGAGCAGCCCUAUUCCUGAGAGGGGUGACCUGAGCUGUCGAAUGCACACUUGCUUUGAUGUGUAUCGCUGUGGAUAUAAUCCCAAGAAUAAAAUCAAGGUGUAUAUCUAUCCUCUUCAGCGAUUUGUGGAUGAGGUGGGGGUGCCCAUCAGCAGCACUGGCCUCUCUCGAGAAUACAAUGACCUGCUGAGCACCAUAUCGGACAGUGAUUUUUACACUGAUGAUGUGACCAGAGCAUGUCUGUUCAUACCCUCCAUUGAUGUGUUGAAUCAGAACUCUCUGCGGAUUCGUGAAACUGCUCAAGCACUGGCCAUGCUGCCCAGGUGGGACAAAGGCAUGAACCACCUGCUGUUCAAUAUGCUUCCUGGAGGACCCCCUGAUUACAAUACAGCUCUGGAUGUGCCCAGAGACAGAGCCCUGCUGGCUGGGGGAGGCUUCUCCACAUGGACAUACAGGCAGGGUUAUGAUGUCAGCAUCCCCGUGUAUAGCCCUUUAUCUGCUGAGGUGGACCUUCCUGAGAGGCAGCCAGGGCCCCGACGCUACUUCAUUCUGUCAUCUCAGACGGCCAUCCAUCGGGAAUACCGUGUGGAACUGGAGAGGCUGAAGGAGGAGAAUGGGGAGGCCCUACUCCUCCUAGAUAAAUGCAGUAAUCUCUCUCAGGGUUUGGCAUCGGUCAGAAAGCGCUGCUAUAAAGGACAGGUCUACGACUACCCACAAAUCUUACAGGAGUCAUCAUUCUGUGUUGUUCUGCGAGGGGCCCGGCUCGGCCAAGCCACGCUUAGUGACGUGCUGCAGGCUGGAUGUGUCCCUGUCAUUAUGGCUGAUUCUUACAUUCUGCCUUUCUCUGAAGUGCUGGACUGGAAAAGGGCGUCUGUUGUCAUUCCAGAAGAGAAGCUGCCAGAGAUGUACACUAUUUUGAAGAGCAUCCCUCACAGACAGGUGGAGGAGAUGCAGAGACAGGCCCGCUGGUUCUGGGAAGCCUACUUCAGCUCCAUGAAGGCUAUUGGCAUGACAACUCUCCAGAUCAUUAACGAUCGCAUCUACCCCUAUGCAGCUCAUACCUACGAAGAGUGGAACAAUCCUUCUGUAGUUAAAUGGUCAAGUGUGAACAGUCCACUUUUCCUUCCUCUCAUACCGCCACGUUCACCUGGGUUCACGGCUGUCGUCUUGACCUAUGAUCGAAUCGAAAGUCUCUUUAGGGUCAUCACCGAGAUCUCCAAGGUGCCCAGCUUGGCCAAACUACUGGUGGUGUGGAACAACCAGAACAAGAGCCCCCCUGAAGAGUCGCUUUGGCCCAAAGUCACGGUACCUCUUAAAGUGGUCCGCACCAAAGAAAACAAGCUCAGCAAUCGCUUCUUCCCAUUUGAUGAGAUCGAAACCGAAGCUGUCCUGGCCAUUGAUGAUGACAUCAUCAUGUUGACCUCAGAUGAGCUGCAGUUUGGAUAUGAGGUGUGGCGUGAGUUUCCAGAUAGGCUGGUUGGAUAUCCUGGACGGCUCCACUUGUGGGACCACGAAAUGGGCAAGUGGAAAUAUGAAUCUGAGUGGACCAAUGAAGUGUCAAUGGUCUUGACUGGAGCUGCAUUCUAUCAUAAGUACUUCAACUAUCUCUACACGUAUAAAAUGCCCGGAGACAUUAAGAACUGGGUGGAUGCUCAUAUGAACUGUGAGGAUAUUGCCAUGAAUUUCCUUGUGGCCAACAUCACUGGCAAAGCCCCAAUAAAGGUAACAUAAC